AUUCGUGACCGUAUUCCGCUUGCCGCUUCUCGCUGAGGACGCUGCACGAGCACUCCAAGACGCUGCACGUCAGUCGAGACAGAACACGACGGGAUCGACGAGGUGCGAGAUCGUCCAGUGGCGUGGUGUCGCGUGGUCCGCGCGAUUUCUGACUAUUUAUUUAUUUUUUUUUUGCUCGUCGGUCUGUCUUUUUAUAUUGGUUGUUCGCGCCGGUAUCGGUUGGUUUUCGGUGUUUUCGAUCGGCCAGUAUGGAUUAUCUUUUCGAGUUCCUGAGAUCAUAAAUUCGCCAUGCAAGGGGUCGUCUUUAUGCCGCAGAAUCCUCAGCAAGGCUCCCCACCUCCGAACGGCGUAACCGUCACCGACAUGGAAGAACUGCCCGACAUUAAACAAGAGCUUUGUGCCGCCGGUCAGAGCUACCAAAGCGACUCAGGCGUCUUCUCUGCCAACACGACUCAGGGCGACGCUGACGCCCGCAGCGACUGCAGCUCGCCCGAACGCAAGUACGUCUGUCCGAUCUGCGAUACCAUUUUGGCGUCGCAGCACGACUUCACCCUCCACAUCAGAUCGCACAACAACGAAUCCGAAGAGCAAAAGUCGUUCUCUUGCAAGAUAUGCCGCAAGGUGCUCAGCUCCAACUCUAGCCUCGACAGGCACGUGUUGGUUCACAGCGGCGAGAGACCUUUCCAGUGCAAGCACUGCGGCGACACAUUCACCACCAACGGAAACAUGCACCGGCACAUGAGGACUCACUCGACCAAAGAGAACUACGAAUCGGAUGGCAGUACGACAGACAGCGGCAGCUCCAAGAGCACCGAGUUUAACAACAACAAAGUAGACACGAAAUUCAACAACAAGAGGAAGCUGGACACGACCGAUUACGUUAGCAAAAGACGUGAAACGCGUCGCGAUGGCGAAGAAACGUCGCGAUUCCAGUGCCCCGUGUGCGACAGGUCGGAUUUCAGUACCGUCGGCAACUUGGAUGCUCACCUGGAAGACAAUCAUCCAGAGUAUCCGGCCAAAUGCACCUUGUGCAAGCAAGUGUUCUCCAAUAACAAACUGUUGAUGGUCCACAAGGCGGCGGCUCAUGAAACCAACCAGCCCAAACACCCAUCUAUACUCGGGUUCAAAGAUUUGACCUUCGUUGAUUUCUCCAGCAACAAGUUCCCUAUCAUCGCUAAGCACGAGUGCGAAACGAACCUCCAUAAGGUGGCGGGAGGAUUAAAGUUUCAAUGCCGCAAAUGCUCGCGAGCUUUCCCUUGCUCCAGCUCUCUGGAGAUCCACGAGAACUCCUGCGCGGACGUGCAGGCUUUGAAAUCGCACGACCAGAACAUAUCAGGUGCUGACAUCAGACGCGCUGAGUUUUUCUCCAGGUUGAACUUGAUGCAGGACGAGAAAUUCGCAAAAGAAGACCCGAUCAAACUCAGGGAACACCUCGCCAAAGCGAUGGACAACACGAGAGACUUAGCCGACAUCCAGUCGAUCUUAUCCAACAUCAACCUGCAGAAGAUGCACGCCAAACCGGCAGACCACAAACCCGCAGUCAAACCCAACGUCGAAGACUGCUCGAAGGGCGAACAGGACGAGGAGUCGCAGGACUCAUUCGCCAUAGAGUUCAGGAAAAUGAAGAUGCGAGGCGAGUUCCCCUGUAGACUGUGUACCGCCGUGUUCCCGAACCUGCGCGCCCUCAAGGGCCACAACAGAGCCCAUUUGAACGGUAACGCCAACGGCACGUACUUCUGCAACAUGUGUCCUCACUCGUCCGUCGAUAAGGCGGCGCUUAUCAGGCACAUGCGCACUCAUAACGGCGACAGGCCCUACGAAUGCUCACUUUGCAACUACGCAUUCACGACCAAAGCAAACUGCGAGAGACACUUGAGGAAUCGGCAUUCCAAGACUACCCGCGAAGACGUAAAGAAAUCGAUUAUUUACCACCCCUCCGAAGAUCCGACCAACGACGAUCUCAAUAAGCUCAAUGUCAAAGACGAACCGAAGAAAACUCCGACCCCAUCGGGAGUUGACUUGAGCGACUUCAAUCCUGUCAAGCUUCACUGUUCCACUCCCAAAACGGAGACCAAGCCUGAUUUUGCUUCACCCCCUUUGAUUCCCGACCUACAGGCACUGCAACCUACCAGGUUUCCAGCAGCGGUCGACUUUAUUCGUAACGAAAACAUUCGAUCGUUAAAGAGAGGCAUCUCGAAUUUCUUCCCCCAGCCAUUCGGUCUCCUCCCCAAGCCCGAGAACCUAACACCAUCCCUCCAGGUGAAAAAACUCGACCAGUUGCAAGACCAACCACGAGUAUUCGAGCCUGAACCUUACCGGGAAGAACCGCCUGUGGUGGAAGAGGCCCUAGAUUUAAGCAAGAAAAAAGUAGAGCCUGCGGACGUGGCCAUGGACGUUCCUCAAGACCUGACCAAAAAGUCGUCGCCAGCAUCGCCGAGAUUUCCCAUUAACGAGCUGCUGUUGAAAUCGCCUCCACAGAUUGACCCAGCCGCCCUUUAUGCCACCCACCUAGCGCACCUCUACCGAAGCGGUUUUCCUGGAUGGACGGGCUUUCCAGUCAACCCCCUGCUCUUCCCCGCCUUGCCCGGUCCUCAAGAGAUCAAGGAGCGCAUGCAACGGUUUCAAUUGUGCGGAGGCAGCGUCAUUGGCGAAGACUUUAAACCAUUCCCGAAUAUUCCGCCUCCAACGGCCGACGUUACGGCUGCUAAUUUGACCCGGGAACCAGAGAUGAAACCGUUGAAUCUAAACGUGGAGACCGGUUUCAGCGACAGCAGUCCGAGGCUUCAGAGUCCUGGUCAGCAGACGGUCAACGGAGACCCUAUGCAGUCGCCCAACUCGGUCAAAAUGGUAAUCAAGAACGGCGUGUUAAUGCCGAAACAGAAACAGAGGCGCUACCGGACGGAAAGACCGUUCACCUGCGAGCAUUGUUCAGCUAGAUUCACGCUGCGCUCGAACAUGGAGCGACACAUCAAGCAGCAACACCCUCAGUAUUGGUCGCAAAGACAGAGAGGUAAUAUCGGCCACCCACCCAGGAAGAUGGUGAGCGGUGUAGUGACGAAACCGACCUUUUGCGACUUGAACGUGCCCAGUUUCGAGAUGCCGAAAGUGUACGACUACCAGGAGUCGAAGGAACAGAUCAGCGAAAAGUUGAAGUACGCGAUACUCGCGCAGCAGUUGCGCUCGAAUCUUGGAGGAGGAGCGAAACCCAUAGAGAACGGUAAGAAAGAGGAAGACGAAGACUGCGAAUUGGUGAUCGACGAGAACGAUGAUGUCAACGGCCAAAGGAGCGAUCAAAAAGCAGUAGGAAAGGGAGAGGAGGACCUGGUACCGGUGUCGAGGUUGCUUGAUAACGCGUCGCAGCAGCAGUUUAAACAGUUUUUUAAGCGGGAUCCGGAAGACUCGGAGGUGGGGGCGAGCGAAGAAGACGAAGAGGGUUUAGUAGCGGGCGGCAGCACCAGCGAGGAGAACGUCUCCGGGACCGAUGAAAACAAAUCGGAAUCGGAAACUGCGGCAACCGCAGCACCGGCCAAGAAGAAAUCCGCGUACUCUCUAGCUCCCAAUCGAGUCAGCUGUCCGUAUUGUAGCCGAAAAUUCCCUUGGACCUCCUCUCUACGACGCCACAUCCUCACCCACACCGGUCAGAAACCGUUCAAGUGCAGUCACUGCCCUCUCCUCUUCACCACCAAAUCCAACUGCGACCGUCACCUGCUGCGAAAACACGGCAACACGGCAACCACCAUCACCAACGAGGUGGCUGGCAACGCAGCGGCGGCAGCAGGCUACCUCAUGCGGAAUGUACCUGAGAGGCCGUUUAAGUGCUCCAGCUGCCCUAGCAGCACUUUCUCCACGUACUCCAACCUGAAAAAACACAUCAACGGCAAACACUCGACCAAUGCGCAAGGCGACGACAUCAAAGCUCAGGGUUACGAAGCUGGCAGUUCUGAGGACGAGAAAGGAGGGACCCAAACUGAGACUAAAAACGAAUGGGAAAACCAAAUCGGAUACGGCAGGUUCCCCGUCGAACCGCACGCAAACCAAACGCUCAACUCUGAUCUGCCUUUUAAGUGUCAUUUAUGUGAAGGUUCGUUUGCCGAACGUCACGACGCUUUAGACCAUACCAGGGACAAGCACGCUUCCGAAUACGAUCUGCUGAUGUCCAAGAAUGCGUUGGAUACGAAUGCGACUACACCAGAUGAUGCUGCCCACCAUGACGACGACGACCAAGACGCUCGGGGCAAGUUCCCAGAUUACAGUAACCGGAAAGUGAUAUGCGCAUGGUGUAUGCGAAGGUUCUGGUCCGCAGAAGAUCUGCGCAGACACAUGCGCACACAUACAGGUGAACGACCGUUCAGCUGCGACAUCUGUAGGCGUAGGUUCACCCUGAAGCACAGUAUGUUGAGGCAUCGAAAGAAACACAACGUUAAUGGAGGUCCGGAUCAGGAUGGAAACGGGAGCGAGGAUGAAGGGAUAGAGAAAAAGAACGGCGAAAAGACAGACGAGUCGGACGGGAACGAGGGUGAUCUUAUCAGUAACUUGUUGGGAAUUAGGGACAGGUCGAUCAUAGAUCGGGUGUUGGACGCGACUGCUGACGACGCAGCUAAACUGCUAGGCGUGAAACCCAACAUUAAGUAACGCAGCAGGGUUGGGGGUAUUUUUAUUUCAAUAAAUUGAAUGGGUUUUUGGUAUUCGCCAAACGGAGCCGACACGAAGUCUGUAGAAACAGGACGAUACAGGUGUGAGCGAUGACCGUUACGCUAUUAUUUAUUUCAGGGAGUUGGUUUGCCCGACCGAAUAUUGACACACAAUUCUAAUAGAUUUCUCACUAGAUACCAAUAUGUUCUACUUUUGCUCUAACGCCCUUAAUAUUUUAAAACAAUAGAUCAAAUAGAUCAAAAACUCCAAAAAUAAAAACCGAAAACUUAACACAAAACAUUAGUAAAUAGUAGAUGAUUUAUCUCAAAACACAUAUAAAUGCUUUUGUAAACCGUAACCUCACUUACUGUUUGGUUAAAAUGUUGGACGAGUCCAAGUUCUUCCACUUGAUUCAUAUUCCACUGACUUGAACCUAAUAAUGGCAAAGUGCAAUAGGUAUCCUAAUUGUAAACUAAUUUAUUAGACUGUUCCUGAAAAGCUGAAAGGUACAAAUCCUCCUUACGGCUUCAAAGUAAACAAAAAAAAACAAGCUAAACGCUAAACGCUUGACAACUUGACAAAAAUAUUAAAAAUUAUCAACGAUGCAUAUUCCAUAUUAUGUUGUUGUUGUUGUUAUGAAACAUUGGGCUGCUCGCUUAUUUAUGCAUAUAUUGUCGUUUUAAGUAAAUUUCCAAAUGGACAAGGACGAAACGACCCGAAAUGCUUAAGUGAGGUUAUAGUCACAUUUUCACUAGGUUACACAGUAAUUAAAUCAAAUCAACAGGUUCGCAAAAAACGUUUUCUCUCUGUGGUCCGCUACUGCCAAAGAGAUUAUCGAGUAUCGAUCCAGUUCACACUUUAAAUAUUUGCCACUUGCCUGGAUCGCUCCGUCUGCGCCUCGGGACAUCGUGUUGGCUUCCGUACUCGCGCAGAAAGGGAAAACAACCGAAAAGAAUUGUGCCGAUGGUAGCGUCACAAACGCCAUUUAUUUCGGACAGGUCAGAGCCGUGUUACGCAUAUAUUUUCGAACUGCAUAACGAAAAUUAUUCGGUUAUUUUCUGUUUUAUUUAAGGUGUAGGGUUUUACGUGAAGUAAUGAUAUAAAAUAUCGAUUUUCUCUAGUCAGGUUUAUCCAAUAAUAUAAGCAUUCGAUGCGAAUGUUGCUAUUUUAUCUAACUUUUGUUAUGACGUUUUUAAUGACAAAAUCAAAAAUCGAGUGAUUUAGAGUGUAGUAGACUAGUAGACAGUUUUACGUAUAUAUCUGAGUAUGUUAUAAAUUAUUUUCCAUUUUCGUUGUAUUUUGUACAUAUAUUAAUUUAACAGAAUACGGUCUAGGUAUACCAAAAAGUAAAUUAUUCCACGGUUGUGCGGCGUUGCCGCAUCGCGGUCGCCGAAAAACUGAAGAUUUUGGGUGUGUACAUAGAUAUUGUAGUGCAUUCGCCUUAUAUCUUAUAGAAAAAUAAUGUGUCUUACAUUGUUGCCUCAAAGUUUAUGUAUAUACACAGUUUACAAGCAAUAUAUCUAUUCUUUUAAAUAUAUAUUUAUACAUGAGGUUUCUCGAGCGUUCUAAAUAAUUAGCUUAAAAAGAUUAAAACUGCACCUAGAAUAAUGUGUUAUGAAAAUUUGGAAAUUUUAUUCGUUUUUUUUUAUUUCGUUUGUUUGGUAGGGUCGGACGAUACUUUCAAGUGAUUGUUUAAUGAUGCAAUUAUAUUAAUGUUCGCGUACAUGUCGGGAGGGUAAAACAUUUUUAGCGAUGGCAACACUGUCGGCAGCUGUUGUCUGUUAUUUAAUUGCAAGCUUGUACAAAAAGCAAUUAUUUGCAUCGUUAAACAAGUGUAGAUAAAUUUAGUGUUAAGUUGUUUCAAAUCGGUAAAGUAAUUCAAUAAUUUGAAACAUUUUUUUUCUUCGAAUUCUCUAUAAAAGCUAGACGUAAGGUUUUUCUUUUUGUUUGCACAUUGUAUAAUGUAUUUUUCACACAUGUUCACACCGCGUGUCUUAUUACGAGCUUUUGAUGAAAACCCCUUAUUUCCGCGUGGAAGGUUUCUUCGGAUGAAAAGCUAUUUUUAGAGUCUUUGAAGCAAUAAAGUAUGUUAGAUUCGUAAGAGGUUAUCGUUAGAUUAAUCGCGGGUAUUUCCCUGACCAUCAUGUUUGUAUCAUUGUAAAUUAUUGUCUAUGCCAUAUUACGAUGUACUUAAGUUGUUUGGUUUGAAAUGUGCACCCGGAAAAUUGUCAUUUGUUAUGUACCUUUUCUUUUACGCUAUUUAAAUAAAUUGUCAUAUAAAAUAAACCUGUUUGCUUUUUUUUCCUAGCUUCUAAAAAUACUGCAAAGUUUAAACGAGGUUUAACUUUAAAACAGAUCGACCAAGCCGUCCAUGGCCGUUACUAUAAUGAAUGUUGACACACUGCAGAUAAACAUUUGACAUCUUAGCAAAAAGUUUUAGGUUAUAAGUUAAACGGUUGUUUGCAUAAAGUUUAUUUGAGGUAAAAAUGCCGAGAAGUACUCUGAUUGAUUUAGAUGUUGACAAAUUGUUUGAGGAGAAAAGUGUAGAUGAAAUUAUAGAGAUAGAAAAAUUAAUAAAUGGGGAAAUUGACAAAAAACGAUCAGAACUUCGGUCUAUGGUGGGGGAUCGCUAUAAAGACAUACUAGCCGCCUCAGAUGCCAUAAAGUCAAUGAAAACUAUAUCCGAAGACAUUGUUAAAACUAUUGACCAAAUUACGAAUACAUGCAAAAUAUUAAUAACAGCACCGGAUUCACCUAAAACAAAUGCUACACGUGAUACUAUCCUUCUCAA